UCAUAGAAUACGCAGAGCCAUUAGAGACAUAUUUAAUCGAACAUGAUGUAAAAAGUUUUGAUUAUUCACAAUUUUGCAAUAUUAAAGUAAUUGGAAAAGGAGGAUAUGCGAUCGUGUACUCUGCCUCUUACGAAGGAGAAGUAUAUGCAUUAAAAAGUCUAAACAAUAAUCUAGCUUUGGGUUAUAGCGAGUACAAACAAUUAAAAAAUGAG